CUUCACUCCUUCGAUCCCUCCAUUCUCUUCUACACCCCAUUCAACCCGUCGAUCAAUUCCAGAUCUAGUACCCCUCGGAGAUAGGUACGAUUGAUUUCGGUGAUACCCGGACUCAAGCGGACUCCACGAGAUCCAGUCACCAACGCCUCUCCAAAUCGACUUUGCUGCGCAAUUUCAAUCUCCAUAUGAAAUUCAAUAUACCCCUCUUUCCUAUCCCUAUUGUAUCUCAAAGCGCAUGCACUUUGCAGGGUCCUAGCCCUGUCGAGCUCGGCCCACGCGCCUGUCUCUCCCUAGCGCAUCCGAACUUAGUGCUGACGUCUAUGAAAAACGGUUUGGGGAUUGGGUGGGAUGGUUCCGAUGGGUUGGUCGUUUGUUGGUUGUAGGUCGAGUCGGGAUUUUGGAUUGGGUCUGUUGGUGUGAUAUGGCCUGCAGGUGUGGGAACUAAUUCAUUCGGG